CAAACUCAGCAGAACGGAUCCUCGUCUCUGCUCCGGGUUUCGCCGGAAAGUGCAGAACUGAGCGACGGCGGUCAUGGCGGCGAGAGCGCCGAUCGUUCUCGCGGCGGUCGUUCAAUUGAAAGCCACAGAUUCAAAUGGCGUAACUCCUCCUCCUCCUCGGAACUCGACCCCUUUUCCCCGUCUCUCAAUUCCAAAGCCCUCUUGGAUCGUCAAAACGGAGUCAAAUGUUAGGAGAGAAAAAAGAAAGAAGCCAGAUCCACCUUGUGUGAAAUGCAAUGGAAGUGGAAGAGUUGACUGUCACCAUUGUUGUGGAAGAGGGAGGACAAAUUUUGUUCACCUAGAAAUGCUUCCAAAAGGGGAAUGGCCAAAAUGGUGCAGGACCUGUGGCGGAAGUGGUCUCGGCUAUUGCUCUCGAUGCCUCGGGACGGGGGAGUACAGGUAUAUUAUGGGCUUCCAAUUCAUGAAGAUGGAGAACAAUGAAACUGAAGAUCUCAAGAAGAAUGAGAAUCAAGCCAACCAACAACAUCACAGAAGCGCAGACUCCCUUCUAAAUGAUGAGGAGUUGAGUUGAAUUGCCCUGUUUCUAUGAAUUGGAUCUGUUCUAUAGGUUGUACAACAGUGUCCUCGAGUUCUGAAAAACUGCUCUGUUUCUAGAAGAUAAGCUCGAAGCUUACUAGUAAAUAAAUCAUUAAACAGUUGGGGGAUAUGAUAAAUUUGCCUCCAUUUUAGGAUGAUUUGGAAGUUAGAAAUCUUGCACCAUAUUGAUUGCCAAGAUGUGUUGUGAUUCAAAUGUAUUAUUUUUUUGGUCA